AUACAUCAGGUGGAAGAUAUUGUGUGUGUGUGUGUGUGUGUUUUAUAUAAUUAAGGUUGUUGUGAUCUGUUAGAAGACAGAGAUAUAAUAACAAGUUGGAAGCAGAAGAAUGAAUGUGGAAGAAGAGGUUGGACGUUUAAGGGAAGAAAUCAAGAGGCUUGGCAAUCUUCAAUCAGAUGGUUCUUACAAGGUUACAUUUGGAACACUAUUUCAUGAUGACCAAUGCGCAAAUAUAUUUGAAGCACUUGUUGGGACACUAAGAGCAGCGAAAAAGCGAAAAGUUGUUACAUACGAAGGUGAGCUGCUGCUGCAAGGAGUCCACGACAAUGUCGAAAUCACUCUUAAUCCCACCCCUGCUGCAGCUGCUGCCAACUGAAACACCAUUACCCAAAACUAUAAAAGAAGGGUGAAAGAACAAAAAUAACUUAUGUGGGUUCUGGUUUUUUAUGCAUACUAGUUACUUCUAUUCAAUCAA